AUGUCUGUCGAGCUGGACCCCGUCGAGCUCGGUUUCAAGCGCCCUUUUACCCAUGAGGUUGCUCAGGUUCUGCGUCUGUACAACAAGAACUCUGACCCUGUCGCUUUCAAGGUCAAGACCACUGCUCCCAAACAAUACUGUGUUAGACCAAACUCUGGCCGCAUCGAACCUGGCCAGGAUGUCGAAGUUCAAGUCUUGUUGCAGGCCAUGAAAGAAGACCCUCCCCUUGACGCAAAGUGCAGAGACAAGUUCCUUGUCCAAUCUGUCGCCAUCUCAGCCGACAAGGAAUAUCCCAAUGUCUCCCAAAUCUGGUCCCACAUCGAGCAAACAGCAAAGUCAUCAAUUCAAGAGAAGAAGAUCCGUGUUGUCUUCCUGCCUCCAGAGGGCGUCGCCCAUUCCGAUGCUGGCGGUCACAUGGAUGACUCAAUCGCUACCUUCAACUCUGUCUCGCCCCAACCCCAGACCCCUCAACGAGGCGCAGAUGUAGGAGCCGUGGGCGCUGUCUCUCGUCCAGAAGAACGUCCUGUCGAUAACAAGCACCUUGGCGAUGCUGUCGAGUCAGCCAGAAACCCAGCCACUGAUAGAAACACCACCUACUCCGACUCCACGACCGGUCAAAGCUUUAUCCAGUCUCUCCCCACCUCGGCCGACGACGUGAAAGCCAAGCUUGCAGAGGCUCAAGCCACCAUUGCAAGAAUGAGUCAGGAAAGAGACGAACAAGGAUUGCGCCAGAGAAAGACCGAUGCAGUCAACCAGGAUUCCAAGGAGAGACUCUCUGCUGGCACAACUGGCUUGGGCGUGCAGAAGGCUCCUGCUGGCGGUGUCCCCGUUCAGGUCGUUGCCGGACUUUGCCUUCUGUGUUUCUUGAUUGCCUACUUCUUCUUCUAG